AUGACAUCUAUACACUUUGUGGUUCACCCGCUCCCCGGGACCGAGGAUCAGCUCAAUGACAGGCUCCGUGAAGUUUCUGAAAAACUCAACAAAUACAGUUUUAACAGUCACCCACACCUCAGUCUUCUUGAACAAGCCACUCUGAAACAAUGUGUUGUCGGCCCAAACCAUGCCGGAUUUCUCCUUGAGGAUGGUCGAGUUUGUAGAAUAAGCUUUGCAGUCCAACCCGAUCGCCUUGAGCUGAGCAAACCUGAUGGCAGUGAUGGUUCAAAGUUGAGCAGUGGUUCAGGGACAGGAAGGAGCUCCAGGCCAGGCCGGACUAGUGAUCCGCCCUGGUUCCUGUCUGGUUCAGACACUUUUGGCAGACUGGCAGGCAACACCCUUGGGAGUCGCUGGAGCUCCGGGGUGAAUGGCAGCAGUGGAGGAGGUGGUGGUUCAGGGGGAUCCGGGGGCAGUGGAGCAGGAGGGGGUAGCAGUGGUGGCACUGGAGGAGGGGCUGGAGGUGGGGGCAGCGGGGGCACCUCGGGAAGGUCCUCCACAGCUGCCCGCGACUCUCGACGCCAGACCAGAGUGAUACGCACUGGACGGGACCGCGGUUCAGGUCUGUUGGGAAGUCAGCCCCAGCCUGUGAUACCUGCAUCUGUCAUCCCUGAAGAGCUCAUUUCUCAGGCCCAGGUAGUUCUACAGGGAAAAUCCAGGAGUGUUAUUAUUCGAGAGUUGCAGAGAACCAAUUUGGACGUCAACCUCGCUGUCAACAAUCUGUUGAGCAGAGAUGAUGAAGAUGGUGAUGAUGGUGAUGACACAGCCAGUGAGUCCUACCUGCCCGGAGAGGACCUGAUGUCUCUGUUGGAUGCAGACAUACACUCAGCGCAUCCCAGCGUCAUUAUUGAUGCCGACGCCAUGUUCUCUGAGGACAUAAGUUAUUUUGGCUACCCAUCGUUCAGACGCUCUUCUCUGUCGCGCCUAGGUUCCUCUAGAGAACGAGACUCUGAACUUCUACGUGAACGAGAGUCUGUGCUUCGGCUACGUGAGCGCCGGUGGCUGGAUGGGGCCUCAUUUGACACAGAGCGAGGUUCCACCAGUCGCGAUGGAGAACCCAGUCUUGACAAGAAAAGCAUCCCCGUCCAGAGCCCUGUGUCCUUGGGAGAGGAGCUGCAGUGGUGGUCUGACAAGGAUGGAGUAAAGUUUGUGAGCAUUGGAGCACUGUUCUCGGAGAUGGUGGCUGUAAGCACCAAAGGAGAGUUGUACCAGUGGAAGUGGUCUGACCCUGAACCUUAUAGGAAUGCCCAGAACCCAUCGAUUCACCACCCACGUGUCCCUUUCCUGGGCUUGGUCAAUGAGAAGAUCACCUUAUUGUCUGCCAACAGCAUCAGAGCGACUGUAGCCACUGAAACAAACAAGGUUGCAACUUGGGUGGAUGAUACACUGAGUACGGUAGCUUCUAAGUUGGAGCACAGUGCCCAGGCCUUUACUGAGCUGCAGGGCGAGCGCUUGGUGUCAUUGCACUGUUGUGCUCUCUAUACCUGUGCGCAGCUGGAGAAUAGCCUCUACUGGUGGGGUGUUGUGCCUUUUAGUCAAAGAAAGAAGAUGCUUGAAAAGGCAAGAGCCAAGAACAAAAAGCCAAAGUCCAGUGCUGGAAUCUCCUCCAUACCCAACAUCACUGUGGGCACACAGGUGUGCUUGAGGAGUAACCCGCUGUACCAUGCUGGCGCAGUGGCCUUCUCUGUCAGCGCAGGCAUCCCUAAAGUGGGUGUCCUCCUGGAGUCUGUCUGGAACAUGAACGACAGCUGCCGGUUCCAGCUGCGCUCACCAGAAAGCCUCAAGAGCAUGGAAAAGACCACCAAGACACAGGAAAUUAAGGCUGAAAGCAAGCCUGAUCUGGUGAAGACUGAAAUGGGUCCUCCGCCCUCCCCGGCCUCCACCUGCAGUGAUACCUCCUCUAUCGCGAGCAGUGCCUCUCUACCCUACAAACGAAGGCGCUCAACUCCAGCUCCCAAAGAAGAAGAGAAAGUGAAUGAAGAGCAAUGGUCUCUCAGAGAAGUUGUGUUUGUGGAGGACAUUAAAAAUGUCCCUGUUGGAAAGGUGCUGAAAGUCGAUGGUGCAUAUGUUGCAGUGAAGUUUCCAGGGACAUCCAGCAGCGUGAGCAACCAAAGCACUGCUCCUCUGGAUUCUGACCCAUCCUCACUGCUGCAGGACUGUAGGCUGCUGAGAAUAGAUGAGCUGCAGGUGGUUAAAACUGGUGGAACUCCUAAAGUUCCUGACUGUUUCCAACGAACGCCUAAGAAACUCAGCCUUCCUGAAAAAGCUGAGAUUCUAGCUGUGAAUGUUGACUCCAAAGGAGUUCAUGCAGUACUGAAAACCGGUACCUGGGUAAGAUACUGUAUCUUUGAUCUGGCAACAGGCAAAGCUGAGCAAGAGAAUAACUUCCCAACUAGUAACCUAGCCUUCCUAGGACAAAGUGAGCGAAAUGUUGCCAUCUUUACUGCUGGACAGGAAUCCCCCAUAAUCCUUCGGGAUGGAAAUGGCACCAUCUACCCUAUGGCCAAAGACUGCAUGGGGGGAAUAAGAGAUCCAGAUUGGCUUGACUUGCCUCCUAUCAACAGCUUGGGAAUGGGUGUGCACUCACUGGCCAAUCUCCCCCCCAACUCUACCAUUAAAAAGAAAGCUGCUAUCAUUAUUAUGGCUGUGGAGAAGCAAACUCUGAUGCAGCACGUGCUGCGCUGUGACUAUGAGGCAUGUCGGCAGUAUCUGGUUAACUUGGAACAAGCCUUCCUUCUGGACCAGGGAAGCCAGGCUCUGGGCGCUCUGCUCAGGCACCGCUGUGACGGAAACCGCAAUAUCCUCCACGCUGCUGUGUCAGUCUGUUUUCCUGUGAGCAACAAGGAGACCAAAGAAGAGGAAGAGGCUGAAAGGUCUGAGAGAAACACAUUUGCAGAGCGCCUGUCUGCUGUGGAGGCGAUUGCUAAUGCCAUCUCGGUGGUCUCAAGCAACAGCUCUGGAAACAGAACGGGUUCCUCUAGCAGCAGAGGACUUCGGUUAAGAGAGAUGAUGCGUAGGUCAUUGAGAGCCGCUGGUCUUGGGCGACAUGAAUCUGGCCCAUCCUCCAGUGAUCACCAAGACCCAGUUUCUCCCCCCAUUGCACCUCCGAGCUGGGUACCUGAUCCUCCUCCUAUGGACCCGGAUGGUGACAUUGACUUCAUCUUGGCACCAGCUGUGGGCUCACUCACUACUGCAUCCUCUGGGAACAGUCAGGGACCUAGCACCUCAACUAUUCCAGGGCCGUCCACAGAGCAAUCAGUGGUUGAAUCUAAAGACAGAAAGGCCAAUGCGCAUUUGAUCCUCAAGUUAAUGUGUGACAGUGUUGUUUUGAGGCCACAUCUGCGGGAGCUGCUCUCUGCAAAGGACGCUCGUGGCAUGACUCCCUUUAUGCUGGCUGUUGGGGGACGAGCAUAUCCUGCUGCUAUUACUGUUCUAGAAGCCGCUCAGAAAAUGGCAAAAGCAGGUGAUCCCAGUGUCCCAGAGAAAGAGGACGCAGACUCUGUUUUUAUGGAGAUGAUUUGCCCCAUGGGAACAAACCCUGAUGACUCUCCGCUUUAUGUCUUGUGCUGUAAUGACACCUGCAGCUUCACUUGGACCGGGGCGGAGCACAUAAACCAGGACAUUUUUGAGUGCCGAACCUGUGGGCUGCUUGAGUCGCUAUGUUGCUGCACAGAGUGUGCCAGAGUGUGUCACAAGGGACACGACUGCAAGCUCAAGAGAACCUCCCCAACAGCCUACUGUGAUUGUUGGGAGAAAUGCAAAUGCAAAACACUUAUUGCUGGACAAAAGGCUGCUCGUCUGGAUCUACUCUAUCGGCUGCUUACUACCACUAAUCUGGUCACCACCCCCAACAGCAGAGGAGAGCACAUCUUGCUGUUCUUAGUGCAGACUGUAGCCAGACAGAGUGUGGAGCACUGUCAGUACAGACCACCACGUAUCAGAGAAGAUCGGAAUCGCAAGACUGCAAAUGCUGAAGAAUCUGAUAUGCCUGACCAUGAUCUGGAGCCACCUCGGUUUGCACAACUUGCUUUGGAGAGGGUCCUUCAAGACUGGAAUGCCCUCAAAUCCAUGAUCAUGUUUGGUUCUCAGGAAAAUAAAGACCCACUUAGUGCCAGCAGCAGAAUUGCGCACCUGCUGCCUGAAGAACAAAUUUACUUGAAUCAGCAAAGUGGCACCAUUCGCCUUGACUGUUUCACCCACUGCCUCAUUGUCAAGUGUGCUCCUGACAUCACUUUCAUCGACACCUUACUGGGAACAUUGGUGAAGGAGCUACAGAAUAAAUACACCCCUGGGCGAAGAGAGGAGGCCAUCACUGUCACCAGGAGGUUUUUGCGCUCUGUGGCUAGAGUGUUUGUCAUUCUCAGUGUGGAAAUGGCAUCAUCCAAGAAGAAAAAUAACUUCAUACCACAACCCAUUGGAAAAUGCCGAAGGGUUUUCCAGGCCUUAUUGCCUUAUGCUGUGGAGGAGCUAUGUAACGUGGCCGAGUCACUGAUCGUUCCUGUUCGAAUGGGAAUUGCUCGCCCCACGGCCCCCUUCACUUUGGCGAGCACAAGCAUUGAUGCAGUCCAGGGCAGUGAAGAACUCUUCUCUGUGGAACCGCUGCCUCCAAGACCAUCCCCUGACCAAUCCAAUAGCUCAAACCAGACUGCAGCCUCCUACAUCAUUCGGAACCCGCAGCCUCGACACAGCAGUCAAUCGCAGCCUGUCAGAGGGAGAGACGAAGAGCCUGAUGACAUUGUAUCUGCUGAUGUGGAAGAGGUUGAAGUGGUUGAAGGUGUUGCAGGUGAAGAUGACCACCAUGACGACCAGGAAGAACCGGGAGAAGAAAACGCUGAAGCAGAGGGGCAGCACGAUGAGCAUGAUGAAGAUGGAAGCGACAUGGAGCUAGAUCUGCUGGCCGCUGCUGAAACUGAGAGUGACAGUGAGAGUAACCAUAGCAAUCAGGACAACGCCAGCGGACGCAGAAGUGUUGUCACCGCAGCUACAGCAGGCUCUGAAGCAGGUGCCAGCAGUGUCCCAGCCUUUUUCUCUGAGGAUGACUCUCAAUCAAACGACUCAAGUGAUUCAGACAGCAGCAGCAGCCAGAGCGACGAGGUGGAUCAGGAGACUUUUCUGUUUGACGAGCCUCUGGAGAGAACCACCAGCGCUUCUCACGCCAACAGUGCAGCCCAGGCCCCGCGCUCCAUGCAGUGGGCUGUGAGGAACGCGCCGAGUCAACGGACCACAGGCAGCGCACCAUCCAGCUCCUCCACACCGGCAGCAAGUUCCACAGGCCUGAUCUACAUCGACCCCACAAACCUGCGCCGUUCCAGUGCUAUCAGCUCCAGUGCAGCGGCAGCAGCAGCGGCUCUGGAGGCUUCAAACUCCAGCAGUUACCUGACGUCUGCCAGCAGCUUGGCCCGGGCGUACAGCAUCGUCAUAAGGCAGAUCUCUGACCUUAUGAGCCUCAUCCCCAAAUACAACCACCUGGUCUACUCCCAGUACCCUGCAGCGGUGAAACUCACCUACCAGGAUGCAGUUAGCUUACAGAACUUCGUUGAAGAGAAGCUGAUUCCCACCUGGAACUGGAUGGUAUCAAUCAUGGAUUCUACCGAGGCCCAGCUGAGGUAUGGCUCUGCGCUGUCCUCUGCUGGAGACCCGGGACACCCCAGCCACCCGCUGCACGCGUCUCAGCACUCUGCUCGCAGAGAGCGCAUGUCCGCCAGGGAGGAGGCCAGUCUGCGCACCUUGGAGGGACGCAGGAGAGCUGCAACUCUGUUAACCGCUCGUCAAGGCAUGAUGUCUGCUCGAGGUGACUUCCUAAACUAUGCCUUGUCUCUGAUGCGAUCUCAUAACGACGAGCAUUCCGACGUACUUCCUGUGCUGGAUGUCUGCUCCCUGAAGCAUGUGGCCUACGUUUUUCAAGCUCUCAUUUACUGGAUUAAAGCCAUGAACCAGCAAACCACGCUGGACACCCCACAACUGGAAAGAAAAAGAAAUCGUGACAUUUUGGAGCUAGGUUUGGACAAUGAGGACUCGGAGCAUGAAAACGAUGAAGACACAAAUCAGAGUAUGGCUGGGUCAACGCUCCAGGACAAAGAUGAGGACCCUGUCCCUGCAGAAACGGGUCAAAAUCACCCUUUUUUCCGUCGCUCUGACUCUAUGACAUUCCUUGGGUGUAUCCCACCAAACCCCUUUGAUGUCCCACUGGCUGAGGCCAUACCACUCGCCGACCAGCCUCAUCUUUUGCAGCCUAAUGCGAGGAAAGAGGACCUGUUUGGACGUCCCUCGCAAGGCCUGUACUCUUCCUCCUCAUCUUCACCAUUCAUAGCGACUAAAGGUCUGGCAGAGGCAAGUGUGGACCGGAACUGCCUGGAGGUAAACCCCUCUCAGAUUCUACCCACAAAGAUGUCUUAUUCUGCUAACUUGAAGAAUGUGAUGAGUAUGGAGACAGUUCAGAAAGGUCCUGAAACCCAGACACUCGGCGAUCAAGAGCUGGAGCCGUCCAAACCAGGACCUUCGCCCCAUGACCUGGCAGCUCAGCUCAAGAGCAGCCUUCUGGCUGAAAUUGGGCUCACAGAGAGCGACGGCCCUCCUCUACCAUCCUUCAGACCUCAUUGCAGUUUCAUGGGGAUGAUGAUUUCACAUGACAUGCUGCUGGGUCGCUGGCGCCUCUCGCUUGAACUAUUUGGCCGUGUGUUUAUGGAGGAUGUUGGAGCUGAGCCUGGAUCGAUUCUUACUGAACUAGGGGGAUUUGAGGUUAAGGAAUCAAAGUUUCGGCGAGAGAUGGAGAAGCUCCGAAACCUUCAGUCCAGAGACCUGGCUCUGGAGGUGGACAGAGACCGGGACCAGCUCAUUCAGCAGACCAUGCGGCAGCUGAACACGCACUUCGGCCGCCGCUGCACCACCACCCCCAUGGCGGUGCACAGGGUCAAGGUGACGUUUAAGGACGAGCCUGGUGAAGGCAGCGGAGUGGCCCGAAGCUUCUACACCGCCAUCGCCCUUGCCCUCCUGUCCAAUGACAAACUGCCCAACCUGGACUGUGUACAGAGUGUCAGCAAGGGCAUGCAGGCCAGCAGUACGUGUCAUCACGAUUACAAUUCAAAUCUAAUGCAGCGUUUGAGAAACAGGGACCGAGAGAGGGAGAGAAGGAGUGGGGGUCUGCGAGCAGGAUCCAGGAGAGACCGGGAUCGAGACUCCAGGAGACAGUUGUCCAUUGACACCAGACCCUUCAGGCCCUCAUCUGAAGGCAAUCCCAGCGACGAGCCUGACCCACUUCCUGCACACAGACAAGCUCUGGGGGAGAGGCUGUACCCCAGAGUUCACGCAAUGCAACCAGCCUUUGCCAGUAAAAUCACAGGGAUGCUGCUGGAGCUGUCUCCUGCUCAGCUGCUGCUGCUUCUUGCCAGCGAGGACUCCCUCAGAGCCAGAGUAGAGGAAGCCAUGGAACUCCUUAUUGCACAUGGAAGGGAAAACGGUGCUGACAGUAUAUUGGACCUUGGUCUUCUGGAGACUCCGGAAAAAGCACAACAGCAGGAAAACCGAAAGCGACACGGCUCAACGCGCAGUGUGGUGGACAUGGAGCUGGAUGAUCCAGAUGAUGGGGACGAUAACGCUCCUCUCUUCUAUCAGCCGGGAAAACGUGGGUUCUAUUCUCCGAGACCUGGAAAAAACACAGAAGCCAGGCUCAACUGCUUCAGAAACAUCGGGAGGAUACUGGGGUUAUGUCUGCUACAGAAUGAACUCUGUCCAAUUACGUUAAAUAGACAUGUCAUAAAAGUGCUUCUGGGAAGAAAGGUAAAUUGGCACGACUUUGCAUUCUUUGACCCUGUAAUGUACGAGAGCCUUCGGCAGCUCAUUCGCCAUUCUCUCACCGGGGAAGCGGAGGCGGUGUUUGCUGCAAUGGAUCUGGCGUUUGCCAUAGAUCUCUGUAAAGAAGAGGGGGCUGGACAAGUGGAGCUCUUGUCUGGUGGAGUGAACAUUCCAGUAACUCCCCUCAACGUCUAUGAAUAUGUGAGAAAGUACGCAGAGCACCGGAUGUUGGUGGUUUCUGAGCAGCCACUUCAUGCAAUGAGAAAAGGUUUGCUGGAUGUGAUCCCCAAAAAUGCUCUUGAGGAUUUGACUGCGGAGGAUUUCAGGCUCCUGGUGAACGGCUGCGGAGAAGUUAAUGUCCAAAUGCUCAUCUCCUUCACUUCUUUCAAUGAUGAGUCUGGAGAAAAUGCAGACAAACUACUGCAGUUCAAACGCUGGUUCUGGUCCAUAGUUGAGAAGAUGAGCAUGACUGAGAGACAAGACUUGGUAUACUUCUGGACCUCUAGUCCAUCUCUCCCUGCGAGCGAGGAGGGUUUCCAGCCAAUGCCCUCCAUCACAAUACGACCCCCAGACGAUCAGCACCUGCCCACGGCCAACACCUGCAUCUCCCGUCUCUACGUGCCACUCUACUCCUCAAAGCAGAUCCUUAAACAGAAACUGCUCCUAGCCAUUAAGACAAAGAACUUUGGCUUUGUGUAG